AUGUUCACCAAGGAUCUGCAGGAUCUCAUACGUGGGCUCCGCCAAAACAAAGGAACGGAGGCUAAGUAUAUCGCAGAUUGUCUGAACGACAUUUCGCUGGAACUGAAGACAGACUCAAAUUCAGUGAAAACAAAGGCUAUAUCAAAGCUGACUUACUUGCAUAUGCUAGGAUAUGACACAUCGUUUGCUGCGUUCAAGACUGUGGAAAUAAUGAGUCAAUCGAAAUUUUCAUACAAGCGAGUUGGUUACUUGAUGGCAUCGCAAACAUUUAGAGACGACACAGAUGUGCUGAUGCUUACUACGAAUCUAAUCAAGAAGGAUAUGAUGUCACCUAAUCAGUAUGAGGCUGGGUUAGCGCUGACGGCGUUGUCAGUGUUCGUGACUGCUGAUUUGGCUCGCGACCUAGCCAAUGACGUCAUCACGUUAUUCUCGUCUUCACGGCCAUACAUUCGCAAGAAGGCGAUUUUGGCCAUGUAUAAAGUGUUUCUCAAGUUCCCAGACUCUCUGCGUCCGGCAUUCCCACGACUGCGCGAGCGAUUGGAAGACCCAGAUCUGUCAGUGCAGUGCGCGGCUGUGAAUGUGAUCUGCGAGCUGGCGCGCAAAAACCCAAAAAGUUACCUUUCACUCGCCCCAACCUUAUACAAGUUGUUAUCGGCGAGCAACAAUUGGAUGCUUAUCAAGAUCAUCAAGUUGUUUGCGGCGCUGAUGCCGCUCGAGCCGAGACUCAGUAAAAAGCUCGCCGAGCCCCUGAGUAAUAUCCUGCACACGACAAAUGCUAUGUCAUUGCUGUACGAGACCAUCAGUGCAGUAAUCGCGGGAAUGCCUGAUCAUACACCCAUGCUCCAACUGUGCGUCACCAAAUUGCGCACUUUCGUCGAGGACAGCGACCAGAAUCUCAAGUUCCUCGGGUUGGUGCAAUUGAGCAAAGUUAGUGAAAUACAACCACGGCUUGUUAUGGACCUAAAGGAUGUCGUGAUGGUGUGCCUGGAUGAUGAAGAUGAGACGAUUCGCAUGAGAACAAUGGGACUGUUAGUAAACAUGGUUUCGAAGAAGAGUCUGCCUGAUAUUGUCAAGAAAAUAUUGGCUACACUUGGCAAUAUGGGCCCGCGCAAUCGAGAUGCCCUUAUCGAGAAGAUGAUAGACAUGUGCAGUCAGGAGAAUUACAAGUACAUUGAAGAUUUUGAAUGGUACCUAACAGUGAUCUUGUCACUCGUCACAGUCGAGCAUUCAACUGCUGGCGAACUUGUAAGCCAUCAAAUUCUGGAUGUGUGCGUACGAGUGAAGGAAGUCCGCGCCUAUGCGGUCAAUUUACUAUCACCGGUUGUGCAGGCACCAUUUGAGGGCUAUGGUGCAUCGCCUCCUUUGGCUAAAGAGGGCAACAUGGUGGAAGUCAUGUACGCUGCCGUGUGGGUGAUUAGCGAAUAUUCAGAACACCUCAUGUCACCGAAAGAUGCCAUCAGAUGGUUGUUACAGCCGCAAGUAGGUCUUCUGUCGCCGGCGGUGCAAGCGAUCUGUGUGCACAAUGCUCUCAAAAUAUUCGCAUGUGCAGUCCUGCCGCAAUCCAAUAGCGACCGCGAGUCAAUGGAAAGUGAAUUCAUUGAUGAGAUGUUAAAGCGACUGCCCAUGUUCGAAGUGCAUUCCGAUAUGGAGGUACAGGAGAGGGCUUGCUCUGUGAGAGAGACCUUGAAGUUGUACAGAGAACUUUGCUUAUCAAGCUCGCUCGAAGCGGAUGACGAGAACGGAUUAGAUAGUUUCUUGGGAGAUACGGGCUCGUCGAACGCGAAUGGAAUGUCUCUCUUAAACUCUGGCGAUUCACCCCCAGAUGCGCCUCCGUUAGCAAACAUUGAAAGAACAGUCGACAUAGACGAUAUGGGUACUGCGAUAUCCGACACCCUAGCUUUGUCUCCAAAGGCUUCUGAUUCUUCAUCAAACGCUGAUCGAUCAAAGGGGCAAAACGUUACAUCAUUGACGGUCAAUGAAGUGAAUAUCCAGAGGGCGAGUGUAGAAAGUCAGCGACAAGCUGCGCAAUUGCUGUUAUUUUUGUUUGAGGGAGACUUGAACCCAAUUGCAGCGACGGCUCAAGCUAAAGUACCAAUACCGGAGAAUAUCAAUUUAGAAAAAUGGAUCCACACAAAACCUUCGUCGAGCGAAGAGGAGUCGUCAAGCGACGACAAUUACGACAACGCAAACAAUGCGACAAGCUACAAUUCGUACGGCAAUGACGGCCGUAGCAAUAGCUAUAGAGGCGGCGGUGGUGGUGAUAUUAGUGGCGGAUAUAACCAGGGAGCUGCCCACGGAUAUGGCGCCCGCCCCGCUGAAGAUCCCGCCGAAGUUGCACGCAGAUUAGAGGCGCGGCGGGUGCAGAACCAAAGCAAUCCUCACUACUUGGGUGGUAGCGGUAAUACAGCCAAUGAAAGUUCGGGACUGCGGUCCAUGAGCCCGAUUGAGGUUGACAGUAUACCCAUUGCAAAACUUGAUUUGGGUCAAGCAUUCGACUUGGGUGUUGGAGAUGGUGAGCUUUCACGCGGAGAACACAAGCACAGAGGGAAAAGGGGGAAGAGGAGUAAACGUGAUAGGCGGCACAGUGGGGUUCAUGAGGCCAGUCCCCCGAGGCGAUCAAAGAACUAUACGAUACAGCAAGUAGAGGACUUUCCAACCGACAACAAGUCGCAGGCGGCAAAUAGUUCGAAAAGUCGAAGGAAAGCAGACAGGAGCACCCCAGAUUUAGACAAGGAUGAUCCGCAUGCACAACUGGGUAUUGAUCUAGACAUGCCAUUAACUGAAAAAGAUGCCAUACCCGUACAAACGCAUCGAACAGCAUCAAGCACGCCUACGCCGACCUCGGGUUCGAACCGCCACAAGAGCGACAGAGAGCGGGACGAAGAGGCGGCCGCUUACAUUGCUGCGAAGGAGGACAAGACAAACAAACAUGAUUCGGAUAAAAGAAGAACGGAUAAGAAACAUAAAAGUGGUUCUAGUAGAGGUCAUCGCAAAAGUAAAUAUUCCCAUUCACACGCUAAAGGCGAUGCAAGCAAUGGGGAAGGGAAUAGUGAGAGAGAUGUAGGUAGUUCCAGGGGAGCAAGUACUGAUGAACGAUCGUACGCAGAUGGUGAGAGGGAGAGUAGAAAGAAAAAGAAAAAGAGUAAAGAUGAAGCUAGGCCACAUAAGGACAAUCAUAGUCGGAGGAAGACAGGCGAUUCGGAGGAAUCAUCACCUCGGCCCAUUGUAUCCUUCGGUGACGAUAAUGGUCAGGGAAGUGGUUAUGAUUUAGGAGCGAUGACCACAUUAGUAACAACCGACAACAGCUCGGUACAGUGUGCUGUGGGUUACAGUGGCGAUGGUGAACACGACAGCACUGUUUUCAUCACCUUUGUUGUGACAAAUUUGUCAUCCGAAGUGUUGGAGAAUGUAGAAUUCGAUGUCAACUCAAAUAACGAUUCCUUAAAACAACAAUCGACAUCCAGCAUCGCCAACAGCAUCAAGACCUCGUCGUCCGCUCAACUCAGGCAUACUUAUGUGGUGUCGCUCCCAUUGCAAGCGGUCACUCUGGAGGGCACCUUGCGAUACAGCACGGCAAGUCACGCUGACUGGAUGGAGCUCCCGUUCACGUAUGAACUUCCGGUUUCUGCAUACGUUGUACCUGUCGCGUGCACACCCAAUGAACUCAGUGUGAUUCUCAGUGCAUAUGAGAGCCCACUGGCGUCUGCCGCGCCGUGUGAGGUUAAAGUAGCUGGGGGGCUCAAAGUGGUCAUGGAUAGAAUCGUUGCCGCAGGUCACCUUGCCAUUGUCGAGCUUUCGGAUAGCAACUGCUCCGCUUAUGGCAGAGCAGUUACCGGACACCAUGUGUGUGUUUUGGCAACUCAAUUGAUUGGUGACGAUGUGAGGCUGAGCUGCAAGGCCUCAUCAACGGAAGAUCUCCAACCGACAAUCGCAACUUUGAUUUUAGAAGAUUUGAAAUUUAUAUUAGAAUGAGGAUAAAGGUAUCAAACCUGCAUGUAAUCGCUGAUGGUUAACGUUCUUCCACUGGGAAAGUCUCUAAUCGGUCAAUUUUGUGUAUAUAUGGUCACAUGAAAUACUACACUGAGAUU